CGCACAUCCCUCACCUGCCUCCUCUCCUCCUGCUGCACACAUCCCAUCAGAGAGGGAGAGGCGAAGGACGAAGAGAAGCAACACAGGAAAAUCUGACUCAAGUUAGCCAACUUUUACGCUUACUUUUUUUUGAACGAAUUAUUUCCUGACGAUUUCUCAAUUUCUCCCAGGACUUAUGAUAAUUAUUUCCCAACUUUAUUAUGAAGCUUGUAGGAGCUGAAGUCAAGGUGCGCCUGAAGGCAAUUUUUCUAACGUUCUUCUUAUAUAGUUUUUUGUCGGCACCUUAAUUAUAAAAGAAACACCUAAGACUUUAGUUUUAAGUUAUAGCCUGUUGCGCAGCGUCACUGGAGGCGUUUGACCAAGGGACGUCAAUCCAGAGCCAAGUUGCUGAACAGGAAAAGUUCUCCGCAUGAACCGCUGGAUUUAUGUGAAUGUAUACAAGACGAAGACGAUAAGAGUAUAAUCUGGAUUCCGUGAUGUGUCUGUGAAAGUUUCCCCCAUCCGAAUUGAUUUCGUUCGGAAAAGGGGAUACUUUAAUGGAUGGAUUUUUUAUGCGGGACCCGCUAGGAUGGACGUGGUAGAUGAAACAGAAGCGUUACAGAGAUUUUUUGAAGGUCAUGAUAUUAUCAGCUCUCUGGAGCCAGCCAACAUCGACACCAGUAUCCUGGAAGAGUACAUCAGCAAGGAGGACGAUAGCACUGACAUCUGUUUCUCAGAGGUCCACAGCGCCCCAGGACCGAAUUACUCAUCUCCCCAGGCAGGAGUGUCCUCCUCUGGGGGAUUGGUGUGUGGUGUGAGCCCCCCUAUUCCUCUGCGCCAAGGAGCCCCUCCGCCCGGGCCUCCUAACUGUCAGAACGCCUAUCCACCAGGUCCAUCUCUGGGCCUCCGACACAACUACCACUGCCUGGGACAGCAGCAGGGGCAGCAGCAGCACCACCACCAGCAGCAGCAGCAGCAACAGCAGCAGGCUCACGUCAAACCUGAGCACAGGGGCCACUACGCUCCAGGGACACUACCUGAGUCCCCCCCUGACUCCAGCUCAGAGCCCUACUCUCCUCAGCAGGUGAAUGAUCCUCACAUGAUCAGGACCAUGACACCAGAAAACAUGUGUCAAAUGACCCCAACGCCACCCCUCCCACCGCACGGGCACUAUCCCAGCAUGCAUCGGGACAUGUACCUGAAGCCUGAGACCAUGAUAUCACAGUAUCCCAUUGGUCAAGCCACAAGUGGAAGUGGAGACAUCCAGCAGACUCAGAUGCUCCAUCAGCUGCUGCAGCAUCCUCAGGGGCAGGAAAGCAUCCCUGUUCACUCGGCCAAGAAGAGGAAGCACUCCGACUCUCCCAACAGCACCCUCAAUUCCCAAAUCCUCACAGGUAUCAUCAAACAAGAACCAGGUUUAAUGUCAGAUGCAGACAACUCCUACCUUGACCCAAACUAUCAGUGCAUUAAAUGGCAGCCGCACCAGCAGAGCAAGUGGACACCGCUGUAUGACGCAAACUGCAAAGAGCUUCCGAUGCCAACCUACCGCGUUGACGCUGAUAAGGGCUUCAACUUCUCCUUGGCUGAUGAUGCUUUUGUUUGCCAGAAGAAGAAUCAUUUCCAGGUCACGGUAUACGUAGGCAUGCUGGGAGAUCCCAAGUACAUCAAGACAAGUGACGGCCUGCAGCCAAUCGACUGCUUCUAUCUCAAACUCAACGGAGUAAAGGUGGAGUCUGUGAAUCAAUCCAUCAGUGUGGAGCAGUCCCAGUCUGACCGCAGCAAGAGACCCUUUAAGCCAGUGAUUAAUCUUGUUUUUCCCAGGGUCACCCUACCGUCAGAGCAGGUCACAAAGGUCACAGUGGGGCGGCUUCACUUCAGCGAGACCACGGCAAAUAACAUGAGGAAGAAGGGCAAACCAAACCCUGACCAGAGGUAUUUUAUGCUGGUUGUGGCGCUGCAUGCUCAGUCCCACAGUCAGAGCUACACUGUGGCUGCCCAAGCAUCAGAGAGGAUCAUCGUCAGGGUAACGUCUGGCCAUGCAUCCAACCCUGGUCAGUUUGAGAGUGACAGCGAGGUGCUGUGGCAGCGCGGCCAGAUGCCAGACUCGGUCUACCACCACGGGAGAGUUGGCAUCAACACCGACCGGCCAGACGAGGCCCUCGUUAUCCACGGCAACCUGAAGGUCAUGGGCUCCCUGGUGCACCCGUCUGACAUCAGGGCCAAAGAAAAUGUCCAGGAGGUCAACACUACAGACAAUUUGAAACGGAUUUCUCAGAUGAGGCUCGUCCAUUAUCAGUUCAAGCCUGAGUUUGCUGCCUCCGUGGGCAUAGAGAAUACUUCAGAUACUGGAGUGAUCGCUCAAGACGUUCAGAAAAUCUUGCCUGAAGCAGUGAAGGAGGGCGGUGAUGUGGUGUGUACAAAUGGAGAAACUAUCCCCAAACUGUUAGUGGUCAACAAGGAUCGUAUCUUCAUGGAGAACGUGGGAGCGGUGAAGGAGCUGUGUAAGCUGACAGACAACCUGGAGACUCGUAUAGACGAACUUGAACGCUGGAGCCGCAAACUGGCCAAGCUGCGGCGUCUGGACAGCAUGAAGAGCACCGUGAGUGGAGGCACUGUCAGCCAAUCAAGCAGUUAUUUCAGUAGGACAGGAAGUGGCCCGCUCCGAAAGAAGACAGUCAAACCUGGCAGCAAGACGCCGACUCAGGAUCAAGGCUGCAUCAGCCAGAGGUUCAUGCAGGGAACCAUCCUGGCUCUGGUCAUCGUCAUGGCCUUCAGUGUCAUUUCCAUGUCUGUCCUUUAUGUGUUGACUCUUCACCAUAGAGGAGACGUCCCAGAGAAAGACGACUAUGUUCCUUCCUGUGUUCUCUACAUCUCUUGGAUGCCUCUCUUCACUGCCACUGUUACUUUCUGUCCGCCUGUCUGCCCAUGGUCCAGAGUAGCAAUGGGAUCCUCACGCAAGAGUCCUCCAUUGUCAACCACCACUGCACCAGGCAACCAAUCAGCUGCAGUUUCGACGUUGAGUAACAACCAAUCCAUGCUAGAAUUAGGGAGCCUAGAUUCCACGCCAGGCACCAUCAUUAAGAAGGCAAAAUCCAGACAAUUGGACAAGGACGGCCGCAAUAGAAACCGCCUGAGUCACACCUCAGCACCUUUGUACUUUGCCAAGUCCAAAAGGCCGGCCCCUACAGACCUGGGCGGGACGGGUACGGCCAACCGCCUGCCCCCGGGUCAGCAGCCUCUGCCACGCAGACAACGAAGCCUACACACAAAGGGAGGAAGGUCAGCUCCCUCUCUGACUACGCUACAUAUCGUGGAGACAAACCAAGAGAUCAAAGCACGAAGUUGUGCAACUCCUGAAAGCUGCAGCUACACAGUUUCACUCCUUGGAAACAGAAAUUCCUCCAUCUCACAAAUCACUUUGCACAUGACGUCUACGAACAGCGUGUGGGUAAAACAAUGUGGAGCCACGAAGGGACGUUUGUGCCCCAACCACACAGAGACAGAGCUCUAUGGUGGACAGAGAACAUCAACAAAGGGGACUCAUCACCUGUGGUCAGUGCCCGUGCUGUCCUUCCAGGACAUCGCCUAUCACUUCCGUGUCUCCCUGUCUAGUGAAGUGAGCUGUGCCUCUGAAGGAGAAACAUCACCCUACUCCGACUACCAUUUUCUCAUCCAGAGCAGCUGUGUAUGAGAAGGAAGACGAUGUGUCCCAGUGUCUUUACAAUACACCACAGUUUCCCUUUGUGGUUCCAUUUGUACACUGUUGAUAUUAUAGGAUGGGUUUCUGUCUUAUUAUUGUACAUUAUUUUUUAAAGAUCUUCAUACAGAAACGAUAUACCACUGUCCCCACUGUAAUCGCCCCCAUAUGUUUAUACAUUAAGACAUCUCUUUCUGCUGUGAUCACUGGAGUGUGAAACAGGUCACUGAAAAUGUUUUAGAUCUCUGUAAUUGUCGACUGUGUUGUGUCACUGUUAACUGAGACCAUACGUUUAUUGCUCAUUUUUAUUAAUGAUCACCAAGUCCAUACUUUAUAGAAGCCAUAAUUACUUUUUAGCAGAAUUUAAGCUUUUAAAUUAAGUCCAGGCUAAGAAACGGUAUGACUCUGCAUACAUUUAUGAUUCUUUUUUUAUACAAUGAAUCUGUAUGUACACCGAAACCAGUGUCAACUGAAAACAAAAACACAAUAGUUUGAUACACUGGAGAGGAAAUCAUUGGCUUUCGCUGAAGUCCUCAGUGAAUGGUUGCAGCUCACACUGAAAUUAUACCUCAGUAGUGCACACUGGCAAACCCUGGGUGUGUACAGUGGAGCAUUGUGUUGGAGGCUGCUGCAGUCGACUACACUGUCUGCUGUCUGCUCACGCAGCAUCUGACUAAACACUGCACAGAGAAGAAAUAGUGUGCUGUAUGUCUAUCUAAACUCUGACAUUACAUGAAACAUUAAAUUCUUACAUUUAUGGGGACAUAUUAUAAAGAAACAUUUGGCUAGAGUGCCUAGCAAUUCAUGAACUGUGAAAUAAGACAACCCAGUCAGUUUUAUGUGGGCUGCCUGGAUCAGGAAAAAAUAUGCUCGCAUUCCUACUGUAUGUGACAUUACAAUAUAUCGGCCCCAGUUUGACUGCUAACACAAACAGCUGGAGAAAUACUUAUGAAAAGGUAUGCCAUAUUUUUCGUGCAAUCCUAUCACAGCAGAUUUUUUUGGGGGGGGCUACUUAAUGAGACAGGCACCCAAAAGGAGCCUUUUAGAAAGAGGUUUAUACAGAUAUAUUCAUUCAUACAGACAGUACGGUGAGAAUAAUGUGUUUUUUGAACAUUAAAGCAUGUUCUAAAAAAACAUCAAAAUCCAAUUAUAAACCUGAAAAUUAGCAUGAUAUGUUCCUUUUAAAUGUUAUAUGGAUACUCUAUCCUCUAUCCAGACAUCCUUAUUAUCGUACCUAAAAUUAAGGUUUAUAAGUCAUACGUUAUUAGCAGAUUCACUGAAAGACAUUCUAUAAAACUGGAUCCGGAAAAAAAUCACUGGAAAUGAAAAUGUAAAACACUGACAGCUCCUGGCAUCUGAUAAUGGAAAUGCAACAAGUCAAACACUGACAAUAUAUUUCAAGAGACACUGGAAUAGCUUACACUGUAUUUUGCUAACUGGAUGAAUUGCUGGCAGGGCAAUAAACUGCAAAUAUUUCAGGUGCAUGUCCAAUCAUUUCUCUAAAAUGAUACAUCUCAGCUCAGAGGCAACUCAAAGGCUGCUUCAGCUAAAGAAAUUCCAUUUUAAUGGCUCGAUCAUGAAGCUGAGAAGGAGUUGCAUUUCUUUUUGUACACUGCAGAGAUAAAAUUGGAUAAUAUACACUGGACUAUUUUGUGUAUUUCCUUGGAUAUUUUGAAUACUUUGUCUGUGCCUAUGCAAUUAAGACCAUGCAGUGAUAACACUUUGAUUAUAACCGAAGUGUAUGAUGUUUUCUUUUCUAUAAUGCUUUCUUGUUUUAAAACCAUUCUCCAUUUACUUUUACCACCCUACUUAUUUUGUAUUAUGUUAUAAAAUUCAUUCCCCAUAUGUGUCUGUAUUCAGAAAGAAAAAAAACAGAAUAAUGUAUGUCAAAUGUAAAAUCAAUACUCAAUAGGAAAAACAGCCAUCAGACAAAAGUGUAUGGAAUUUAUCAUGACAUUGAGAUACUAUACAAUGCUUCCAGUAUAAUUACUAUGAUUUCAGUGGGUAUAGUGUACUAUUUUAGCUUAUUUAUAAUGCACUAGCUAGCAUAUUGAAACCACUGUAGCACUUUUUGCACUGUAUAUAUGAACUGCUUUGCUCUAUCCGGUGCACCAGACUGUUUCCAUAAACUCUGUAAGAACUGCAUUACAUGUAACUGUAUAGCUUCAUUGUGUUACUACCAAUGCUCCUUUUUAUCUGAUGUGUUUUAUCAUUUUGUUUUUAUAGUUGAUAUGUUUUGGUUGGUUGUUGUAUUAUCGAUAAUAUAUUAACAUUUAAUGGAGCCCAUAAAUGAUUGACAAGACUGUAAACACACAAACACAUAAACACACACGACCACACACACAAGCACACACACACUCAAAAUAAUACAUUUCCAACUGUAGCACUGUUCUUCAAGGAAAAAUACCAUAACACUAAAACUCUUUGAGUACUACUUUAUACUCACUACUUUAUCUUUGUUGCCCAUUUUAUUGUUACACUUUCAAAGCCUUUUGUUAAAAGAAAUGUUGUAAUACUAUGUAAAUGCAUGUAGUAAAUACAUUUGUGAUUGAAUUGUCUGUUUUGUUUGAUUGCUAAACUUCAUUAGAUCAAA